AUGACGAUGAAUGUAGUGGAAGCUUUUCAAAGAUCAUUGAGUACUUGGGCGUCAUGGGUGAUUCAAAAUACCAAGCCUGAAAAGAGUCACAUCUUCUUCCGUAGCGUUUCACCAGUACACUACAGGGAUGGAGCUUGGAAUGAAGGUGGCCAUUGCCACACAAAUACAGCACCGGAAACAGACUAUACUAAGCUGGAGAAAGAGCCAACCAACAACAUAUUCAUUUCUGAGGUAGUUGAGAAAAUGCAAAAUACAAGAAGAAACAUGACCUUCCUAAACAUCACAUAUCUAAGUGAGUUCAGGAAAGAUGGUCACCCUUCAGAAUAUCGUGAACCUGGCACCCCGGCUGGUGCGCCACAAGACUGCAGCCACUGGUGCCUACCGGGAGUGCCAGACUCUUGGAAUGAACUUCUUUACGCCUAUCUACUGUUGAAUGGAUAUAAAACCAAGUUGAAAUGA